AUGACGACCGCAGAGCUCGCCGACGUGCUCCAAACCGCGAGCGUGGUGACCCGCUACUGCCUCCCCGAAGGCAGCAGCGAGCUUCCCCACAAGCUUUUACAAUUCGUCGCUGCGCGCGAGUCAGCCGAGACCCAGGACCCGUUCUACAAGCGAUGGCUGCUCAAUCGCACCGCCGAGCUCGCUGCGAGGGACGGAGACCUACCAACAGUUCGGUGGCUGAUGGAGAGCUACUUGCCUGCUGAGUCCGUGGACAACGUGGUGGGUGAAGCUGCUGCCAAUGGGCACCUGGAGAUCCUGCAGUGGCUUUAUGACCAGCACCGAGAUCGUGUGUGCUUUGGAGGCCUCGAGAUGUGCGGUGCCGUGAAGAACGAACACGAGCGUGUGGUUGCUUGGCUGCGGGAGCACGCAGUGCCUAGAGCCGAGUGCCGGAAUGAUGUACUGCGCGCUGGUGCUGAAGCUGGCGACCUGGAUGUCGUCAAGUGGCUGUGUGAAGACCGUGGCUCUGAUGGAACAGCACUUGUCAAGAUUGCAAUUAGAUGCUGUCAGUGGGAGACAGCGCGCUGGAUCAUGGAGCUAUGUGGCAUGAAGAGGAUUCCGCUCGACACGUAUUUCCCAGCGCGCCCCGGCAAUCUGUCGUUCCUGAAGUACCUGACCGCACGAGAGUUGGGCAGUUUUCACGUGGGUACUCUUCUCGCUGCUGCAGCACAUGGACACCUUGAUGUAGUCAAGUGGCUUCAUUUGGAACAAGGGGUGGAUUUGACCGUCGAUGCGAUGCGAGAUGCGGCGCAGAAUGGACAUUUGGGCGUGGUGCAGUGGCUUUUUGAGAGGAGAUGCGGCAUGUGCGAUUCAUCCGUACUGGCGAGCGCUGCGAAGGCCGGUCAUCUCGAAGUGGUCAAAUGGCUCCAUACAACUCGUAACGAAGGCUGUUCCGAAAGAGCUAUGGACGAAGCUGCUGUGAAUGGGCACUUGGAUGUUGUGCAGUGGCUGCACAAACACCGAAGUGAAGGCUGUACAAAAUUGGCUAUGGAUGGCGCUGCUGCGGCUUGCAACGGCCACCUCGAUGUCGUCAAGUGGUUGCAUUACAAUCGAUCGGAAGGAUCCACGACACUAGCGCUGGACUUAGCAGCUCAAAAUGGUCACUUCUCUGUUGUCAAAUGGCUGCACGAAAAUCGGUCCGUAGGCUGUACGCCCGCGGCAAUGGAAAAAGCUGCCAAGUACGGCUAUUUGCGGAUAGUAAAGUGGCUCUAUGUUCACAGUCAGGUGAGCUGCUCAGCGACCACCAUGGACAAGGCGGCCGCGUCAGGGCAUCUGGACGUCUUGAAGAGGAUGACCGAGAACUGCAGCGAACGCUGCUCCAGCGUUGCGAUGACCCACGCCAUCAUGCGCGGGCACUUUGACCUGCAACAGUGGUUGCUGGCAAACUACGGCGACGAGCUCUUCGGCUGCCAUUUUGAAGCACCGAGACUGGACUGGUGUUCGAGCAACAGUCAAAGCUUUCGACAAAUCGAGCGGGCACCGCCACCGCCGGUGGAAGUCAACUACAACUGGGAUUGGGUGCUCGCCGCCGCAGUUGGGAAGAGGAAACGAGGCACCGGGUCGCUUCGUAACCAGCGGCGGCAGGCGAAGCGUACGGCCGGUCGAGAACGGAACCAGGCUGCCGUGAAGAAGCGCAUGAUGUCGUCGGGAGUUAUCCUCACGAAGCGCACGCCGAAGACAACACCGCGCCAGCGCAAGACCCCGGUGAAGCCUAAGCCGGUGUCCAUGCGCGCGUGGCGAGGUGAGAGCCCGAUCCCCAACCGGGGGGACGGCAUCAAUCGUGGCUGGGCACAGGUGCCAGCCAAGCGCAUGGCCCAUGAAACUCAGAAUCAUCUCCAGCUCAACUUCUAUCGGCGCAUCAAGCAGUACAUUUAA